GCUACCUAUUGGGUGUGCGAUCGUACAAAGCAAAGCAAUUGCCGAGCUCGGAUCACAGUUUUCGAAGAUCAAAGAGUGUACAAAGUGACAAACUCACAUCACACACAUGACCCAAUGUAUACAAAGCUUUGUUUCUAAUAAAUUCGAGUAAUUCAUCAUUCCGUUCUACUACUUCAUCCUUUCUAUAGAUUACUUUUUAUUAUUAAACUUAUCUAUCUUCUAGAAAUCGAUUACAUUCCGCCGACUUCGUUGGUUGCCACCAUCAGACCCGACAUCAGUGUAGUACCAGAACAGUAUUUGGUGAAACUAGAACAAGAGAUUCACAUUUCCACCGUGGUUGGUCAACGAGGCAACACAAAGUUGCUGAUCGAAGGAUACACGUACAUUGUCAACAAGAAACAUAACUGAAAAUGCUAUUGGGGUUGUGCUAAAGCUAUGCCCUUCCGUUGUCGCGCCCGACUGAUAACAGAUGACAUCAACUUCUACGAUGUGACGUUCAAAAAUCUAGUGCACAAUCAUCGGCCAGGCGAAACGAAACGACGUUAAAAACUGGCAUUAGAUCUGCGGUUAUGAAAUAAAGCCAAAUUCUUGAACACGAUCAGUUAUUUAUAUUUUGUGAAUGAAGAAAGCACGCCUGUCGGGAGUGCUGAAUCUUGCCGCAUGGACAUUUACACCCGGACAACGAGGUAAACCCAAGCUGGUGAUCGAAAACAAUUCCUUCUUCCGCACCAAAGGGGACACCCAGCGCUCGUACUGGUCCUGUUCGGCGUACAAAUCCAAGAAGUGCAAAUGCAAAGUGGUAACGCAUCGGAAUAGUUUGGUCGUGAAGUACACUCACAAGAGCCAUACGCAUCCGAACGAGUACAACGAUUUGUCCAAGAUCAAUCUGAUUGAUGUGGAUAUCAACGAGUUUUACGAUAAACCGGUUGGCGGUGCCGCCUUUGAAGUGAAGAAAGAACCAUCACUUUAAAUGUUGUUCUAU